AUGUCGAGCUAUGACCAGAAUCCUGUUCAGAAUAGACCACCGCCAUCGACCCAAACAACCCUCCCGGUCGAAUCGAUAUCUGUUAAAGGUAGACAGCAGUCAGAAAAGAGGAUUUCCUUUUCACAUCCGAGCAAGGAUACCCCAACACACAUUCAGUGCGGGAAGGAGAGUCGAUCACUUGCCACGCGACUUUCCUCCGAUUUAUCACCUGGUAUUACGGCAGAGGGGCCUGGUACGUCCUUCUUGACUCCGUUGCGUUCAUGGACGUGCGAUAAAACCACGUGGACCUCUGGAACCUCAGGGCUUUCCAGCCCGGGCGGCGCCGUCGACAGGGCCAGGUUACCCCCCAGCGGGCUCCAAAAGCCCUCUGCAUCUCAACUUGAUACCCCUGCACCGGAUGGUGGUGCGGCGUCAGAUAUGGGUGAGGCUUCCCCGGAUCCAGUCUUAUUGCGGGAGAGCCGCGGGAUGCAGCCGCUGAAUUCCAGCCCCAGCGCAGGGAUGGGCACUGCUUUCCCACUCGAGGAAGGGGGACUAGAGCAAACGGACGCCGCCGGUUCCCUUAAAAUGGCAAAUGAGGGCUCCAUCACCCCGCAAAAGGCUACCAAGCCGGCAGCGAGUACUACCCGUCGUAUGACAAAUCGUUUACUGGGGAGCCGGCAAAGUGUCGCACGACCCGCCCUUUAUGAGUUGAGUGCUUCUGAGGAUAACGAUGGGAGGAAGGCGCCAUCAAGUACGCCAUCCUUCGUGAACGAGCUGGUGAAGUACCAUAACGGUGGCGACUCCAACACCGCGGCAUUUUAUAAAGAUGGACAUGCACCAUUCACCAGGAGCGGGAGCCUCGGUUACAGGAUCUCAGACUAUGAUUCUGGUCAUGCCAUGCAAAUACGUGCGAUGCUUAUCAAUGCAGAGAGGGAAUUGGCUGAGGUUCGUGAGGACUCUGCUAAACGCGGUAUGUUGUUGGAGAGUCUUCAGACAGCACUGGAUCGUGAACGCGCCAGCGUGCAGACCCUUCGGAUGCAUUACUUUGAACAGAUGGAAGAAAUACGAAUCGAGCACGAAGCACAAAUAAGGCAGCUAUGUGAGCAGAUACGAAUUCUUAAAACUGUCUCGGAGGUUGCUAUGGCUGAGAAAGCCAAGGCUGAUGAGGAGGCUGUGCGGAGACGAAAGGAUAUGCUCGCUUUACUAGAGAAGGAGCGUGUGGAAAAGGGUUCUAUUAUGGCUGACUAUCGUGAGCAAACAGAGGCGCUUAUCGAGGAGCAAGGAAGAGAGAUAACGGCUCUGCGCACAGCGAUGGAUCAAAUAAAGGAGCAGUAUAACAAACUUGCGGCGGAGCACGAGGUGAUGAUGAAUGCACGUGAUGUGCUGGAGGGUCAGUUUGAGGAGCAUAAAGCGCAGCUUGAUCGUGAGCGUGUCGAAGGCGCUAGACGCGUGAGAGAGAUUCAGAAUCGUUUUAUAACUGAAAAAGAGUCUCUUCAAGAGGAGAUAGAUCGAAUUCGAGAAGAGCAACUGCGAGAAAGUGCGAAAUGGCAGAGCAAACAGCAGGAGUUGUUAGAUCAACUGCGGUGUGCGCAGGAGAGGGUAGCCGCCCAAGAGGAGGGUAGGAGUCACACUUUAGAAAGUCUCAGACAGGUGCAUCGUAGAGAAUUUGAGGUAGUACGCAAGGAGCUGGAGUCCAUCAAAGAGGCUUACAGCAAACAGACUAGUGAGUAUCGUACUGAUCUUGAAAAGGCCGUACAAAACGAGAAGAAGGUAUCGGAGUCGCUACGCCAGGCCCUUGAACAGAUGCGUCGUGAGAAGGAAGAAGCCAUGGCGGACGCCUAUGCCCAGCGUAAGCAGCUCCAGACGCAGCACCACAGCAAGAUUUUACAGCAGCAGGCAGUCAUCGAUGCCUUGAGCAAAGAGCUCUCGGAGGAGCAGAGGGCCCGUAAGGACGCCGAAAGCAAACUUGAGGUACUUCACCUACGCGCGGAAAACCUCCAAAAAACGACUCACGAAGCCUCGUGCGCGUUGGAAGCACUUCAGAUAGAUCAGCGGACUAAGGAGCGAACCCUUCUGCAGGAGCACCAGCAUGCGAUAGAAAAUUUAGAGGCAAAGUUGCGAAAUGCGAUUUCGGAUCUGGCUUAUUCGCAGCAACAGGUUCAACAGGAGGCACUAGUGCAGCAACGUCUUCGGGAUGAACUGACGGCGAAAUCUACGGCUUUGGAGUGCAUCAAGGUAGAGCAAAAGGAGACAAUCAAACAUAUGGAGGCCGAAAUCUCCCGGAUGAGCCAGGACUACAGCUUUCGUGAGGAGGAAUGGAGCAAAACACUGGAUCAGUUACGAGGCAGCUUGAGAAACCUGGAGGAGGAGCGGCUACGCUUGGAAAGGACUCUGCACGAGAGCGAUGCUAAACUGAAGGCGGUGUCUGAGGAAAUGUCAGUUGAUCGGGCUUCGUUGGAGAGCACAAGUAAGCAACUCCGAGACGCCAAAAUUAUUGUAGAGGAUCUACGCCACAAGCAAAAUAAGGAGAGGGAACUUAAUGUGGAGCUUCUGGAUGCCAACCAAAGGUUAACCGAUGAGCUUCAGAAGUCUAAGCUGCGCAAUGAUGAGCUUGAAAACGAGGUGCAGAUGGGCUUACGCCGCCUGGAGGAGAGUCGCCAUGAAUUCCGGCGGCAGGGCGCCGCACACGAGAGCAAGUUAAAUGAGUUGGAGCAGCGACAUAAGGCUGAGCUUGUGAGCCUUAACCUCGUGGUAGAACAGACGCGUAUGGAGUCCAGUUGCGCCCGCGAAUCUGUUGCAUCGAAAGAAGCCGCAAUUGUCGAGCUACGGGAGGAGCUAACCACACUCAGGCGCGAUGCUGCUCUGCGCGAGAACGCCCUACAGGAGGAGCUAAGGGACCUCAAGAGUGAACAUCAGGAGGGGAUGCGACGCAUGGAUGAGUUGCUCAACGGCCUGCGCUCAGAUUUAGCGAAGUCACAAACUAUGUGCACAGAAUAUCAGCGCGAACUCAACAAUAUUCAUCGCACCAUGGAAACUCGUUAUUUGGACCUAGAGGCCGCCCUGGAGCAAUCCGAAGCCGCACGCGCGAGACACCAAGAAGACUCCAAGUAUCGUGAUCAGCUCAAUCAGGAACUACAGAGCACUGUGCGACUUCUUACCACUCGCCUCUGCUCACAUGAAGAGGAGAUAAAGAGGCUUCAGGAGGAGGUUUCAGAUACAAAUGUCCGUGUUCAGGACGCACACGUAUCGAUUGGGAGAAAGGAUUCGAUAAUUGGACAACUUAGCGCGAAGUUGCGUGCGUAUGAAUCGAGAGGCUUCUUAAUAUGA